UUGUGUCGGCACGUGUUUCUUGCGCGUUUGACUGAAAAAAAGAAGUUGAAACCGGAUGCAGUAUAGAAGUUUUAUUGAAUUUAGUAUAAAUUCGACGCUUCAAAAGAGCAAUGACGUGUCGACAAAAUUUGACAUUUUGGUGUUGCACGCUUUUUCUUCUUUUUGCUUCAUCAUCGAAAUCUCAACAAAAUUUCACUCCUGACAAGAUUUCUAUUGCGGCAACUGAUGACAAGCGUGAUAAUUACAUCAAAAAUACAAGUAUCAUAAAUAUGAGCUUUCAGAUAGCAUCUGUAUCAUUUUUGAUGUCAACGUGUCUCGUGUAUUCCAUAUUGUCAGAACUCAGGAAUGUACAUAGCUUCAUAUUAUGCAAUUACACCAGUGCAAUGUCUGUUGGAUACACAAUUAGCAUUGUGUCUUUUCUAAUCAAAGAGGAUAGUGUAGAUUAUUCAGUCUGUAUUACAAACGCAUUUUCUACUUACUUUUGCUUUUUGGCAAGCUUCUUCUGGUUAAGUAUAAUGAGUUUUGACAUGUGGUGGACAUUUAGAAGAUUCAGUUCGUUACAAAAAAACGUAAGACAACGAGAAAAAAGAAAGUUGGUGUUUUAUUCAAUCUUUGCGUGGGAUUUACCCUUUUUCAUCGUUGUUAUCACUGUCAUUGUGAAUUAUGUUUCCGAAUGUUUGCCGGAGAUUUUGCGACCGAGUUUUCGCGAAGGAAAUUGCUGGUUCCCUGGAACGAAAGAGUUUGUAUUGUAUAUUUACGGAUAUGAAAGUAUUUGCAUCAUUAGUAGCAUUUGUUUAUCCAUUUCUACGGUAUUGAAGAUCGCGCGCUACGAAAAAGAUAUAAGUCAUUUGACAGAUUCGGAGAGCAAGAGAUAUAAUGACAAUAAGAAAUGGUUCAUUCUAUGUCUGAAGCUAUUUAUCCUGCAGUUUAUUACGAUGGGAAUAAAAUGGUCUAUGAUGAUCUGGCCUAAAAAUCCUAAUCCGUCCUAUUGUUUCUUAUGUGUUCUUAAUUUAAUGAAAAUUACGCCGCAUUUCUGUGUCUUUAUUAUUUUUCUAUGUAAAAAAGAUAUCAAGCGAAUGUUGUUGAAGCAAUUCGGCUGCGGUUUGUUUUUAGAUGAUCAAUGCUCAACAAAUGUAACAUCGUUAAGUACUUCGUCGUGCAUUACGUCAGGAGAUAUGUCUAUGCAGAAAAAGAUGAAUUCUUGCAAACAAAGAAUAUGUGAAAAAGAUAGGACUGAAUUCCAAUGUUGCAAUGUGCACAAAAAAAUUUUAUCGCAGAACCAAAUCAUACACGCAUGCACAAUGAUUAGCAAUUAA